AUGUUUGAUGCAGUUUAUGUGCAAAGUAAUAUGACUGACUCAGGUAGAGAAAUCGAAUGGAUACCAUUAAGAAGACUGGAGAUUUCAGAAUCGGCAGAAUUAUUUAAUAAAAUUAUAAGAAGUUUAAACUUAGAAGAGCGUAGGUUGUUUGUCAUUAAAAAAUGUAUUGCCAAUUGUAAUGGACAUCCGAGGACCCUAGAAAAAUUUUAUCAAGUUUUUAAUAGCAAUGAAAAAGCCAAGAAAAUUCACAAUUACAGUUCUCUUAUCGCAAUCUUGAUAAAGCAUAUUGAAGAAUGGUAUAAGAAUAUAUCUUUUCCUGUAAUUAAAAUGACUUUACUAGGAAAAAUAGUAAGAUUAAGUCAUAUUAUAAAUAUUAAUAGUGAACAAUUAAGCAUUUCAGCCCUCAUUUCUUUCAGAGUUUACGUUAAUUCACUUACUGAAAAAAGUGAAGCCCAGUUUGUUAUUUUCAUCUUAUCACCAGUUAGUCUACAAUAUUUUUGUUUAAACAAUAAUGAUGGUGGUGAUACGCAAACUAUCACUAAUAUACUACAAAGCCUACUUACUAUAGAAUCAUCUUUUGAUGAUGAAGUAAUGGAUGGAAAACCCUUUGAAAGUUUUCAUGCAAACUGGGAAUUAUUAUACCGUGUGCUUCAUGAAAAUGGAAAGAAGAUAAGUCUUCAUAAGAUUUAUAGCUUAUCUGACAAAGGCCAAGAAAAAAUUGAGAUACAGCUACAAAGAAAGAGAGAAGUUGCAUAUUAUCAUGAGAAAAUAGAAUUCCCUCUGAAUGAUACAAUAUAUGAUUCAUCCGGAAAAUUUUUUGAGAAUCUUAUUGAUUAUUUAUUCGUUCCCAAAAAAUUGAAAAAUAGUGGGUUUGACAUGGUUAUAUUUGAAAGAAAAGCAGACGAAUCUGGCUAUAUCGCAAUCAACAUUGAAUGCAUAUUUACUUAUUGA